CAUUACUUGGUUUAGUCUCGUGCUUCUCCGCUCCGAUCCUCCCUCCCACUUGUUUGUUGUUCGUUUUGGUGCUUGUGGUGCUGUGUUCAUUAUUCAUAUCUCUAAUCAUGUUCUACUCGGGGAGUCUACAAGAGGGAAUUGCCUUGGCUGUCAGCCAGGCUAAGGCUGUCGUGUGUUUCGUUCGAGACGAUGAGCAGACGAGCUCGACUUGGGAGGACGAUUACUUCACAGGAGAUGAGGAGUUCUCCCGGCUGCUCGAGACGAGAGCUGUCCUCUUGCGCAUCGCCAAGGAUAGUCAGGAAGCUGGCUUUCUGACCUCCUUCUGCCCGAUUGUCAAGUUCCCGACUGUUGUUGUUAUAAAGAAUGGCAUGUUGUGCGACUACCUCGUGCCAGAGCUAUCCAAGGAGGACUUUCGCAGUCGCCUUACCGCCAAACUGGAUGAGAGUAAAGCAGCUGCUCAACCGGACCUGACGAGCACGUCUGAUAGUACCACGGAGGGUGCUGCGGGUCAGCCUAUCGUGCCUGCGUCCACAGCUCCUGCGCCCACGCCUGCUGCGCCUGUCGCAACCUUAUCUGCAGCGGAACCGUUGACGGCUUCACCUUCGACGUCAAGCCCUGUUGCGGAUCAAACCCGCGAAUCUAGCAUACGCGAGGGCAAGAAGAGAGUCGAGGACGCACGAAUAUCCCAGUCUACCAAACCGGCCGCGAUACAGAAGAAGCCCACCCCAACGCCUAAGGAAACCAGCAAGCCUAUCAUCCCAGAUCAGCUUCCCCGCAAAACACCAUCAAAGCCAGCCACCUCCACUCCCAAACCCGCGCCUCCAUCCCCUAAGCCCCAAGUCCUUCCAACCCAGCCCCCCUCGCCUCCGAAGCAAUACCGUCUCCAAGUUCGCCUCUUCGACGGCAGCUCCGUCCGCUCGAGCUUCUCCCCAUCGCAGACCAUCCGCGCAGAUGUCCGCCCGUGGCUCGACACCCAGAUGCUGGAGGAAAAGCGACCCUACAACCUCAAGCACAUCCUCACACCCCUCCCGAACCGCACCCUGACUAUAGCCGACGAAGAGCAGACUCUCGCCGAGCUUGGUCUCGGCUCGACCGCGAACCUGGUCAUGGUUCCCAUCAGCACAUACACUGAUGCCUACUCCGCAGCCGGGUCCAGCCUUCCCGUUCGCGCUGCAUCCUCCGCGUACGGGCUGCUCUCCUCAGCCGUGGGCACCGCGGCGGGCCUUGUUGGCUCGUUCCUGGGCUAUGGAUCCACCCCUCAGAACCCGACGACCUCGCAGACCGGACAAUCCUCUCCGAGCAUCUCCUCGACCAGGGAUGCAGGACAAAGGGCACGACCCGCCACCACCGCGAGCCGAGGUCCGAUCAUCCGGACAUUGAGAGACCACCGCGACGAGCAGGAGAAUAACCAGUUCUACAACGGGAAUCAGCUAAACUUCCAACCACGCAAGGAUGACACGGAUCGACGAUGAAAAUGUACAUUGCGAUUUGAGCUGAGCUUGAAAUUGGACCACUUGCUUCCAUGUAUGUAGUAUAGCGAUAGCCCUAUCUAGUUUGCCCGGGUCAUUCUUUCACAUCUAAAUCCGAGUCUACAGUGACUAGCACUUUGAAGAGUGAAGAUAU